AGACAACAAAGUGCACGUGCAAAUGUGCAAACAAGAGCACAAGAAUGUGUGACAAUGUUAGAAUAGGUGCUUAUAUUUGAAUUGGUGAGUGAGAUGUUCUAGUAGAAAAACACUAUCAGCACCAUUUACAGGGAAACGACUAAACCGGGAUGUUAGUUUGGUCCUCACGUCUCCGAGUACAGUUUACUCUUAACUCAUGUUGUUAUGCCCGUCAUUGUGGAGGAAGCAAAGAAAGAAAAAUGUAUAUGAAGAAAUAUUCUUGGGUAGAUCGUCUACAGAGACAUCCCCCCUUAAGCUUCUCUUCCACGUUAAAGAAGUCUAUAACAAUCUGUAACCAUGUUUUUACUGCACAAUCAACAGUCUGACGCACAGCCGUCUGAUACACGCAACAGUCAAAACUGUUAGAGAAAAAUGUCUUUUAAUAACAACUUUCUUUAUGCUGAUUCUACAUUAGGGUAGAGAAACAGCAACGCAGAGCUGUGUGUUGCCUGAGCAGAGCUGUGUGUUGCCUCAACAAUGAAAAUCAUGUAAAUUAAGAUGAGAAAUUAAUUGAUUGACUUCUGUAAAUGCAUCAUAUUAUAUUCCGAGGUGUUUUUAAGGUAUGAGUGUGUAGACUUAUAAUAAACAAUAAUAAUGCUGGUUAAUAAACUUCCCAACUAGACACAUAACGAUGAACUGUUGAGUGCAACUUUUAUUUCUGUGCUGAGGUAUUUAAUCUUCAUGCGACUACUCUUUAAAAACGAUGAAAGAAGCCUGUGUAAACAAACAUAACCAGUUAAUAUAAAAACCAGUUAAUCUGACACACCGGAAGUCGUUUCGUGUUGGCGCGUGCACUGUGCUGGAGGUUUCAGACGCGGUUGGUCGCUGCUGGGCGAAAAGCUGUUUUUGGACUUUCUAAUGUGUAUUUUUACUUUCUUUUUUCCGUCUCCGCUCUAACUUCGCAGGUUUCGCUCUGAAACUAUAGUUUCAUUAAAACGGAUCUUCAUCCGGGUCGGAGCAGACGCAAAAGCUUACCUUUGUCUCAGGUUCGCAGUUUAGCUGGGACCUUUUUCAGAUGGAGGAGCCCAGUGAGGACUGCAGCCUGAAGGAUGACAUGGUGGAUGGGGACCUGGGUGAUGGGAUAGGAGUCACAACAGCACUCAGCUCCACUAGGAUGAAGAGUGACAGAGUGAGCGGUCGCUCAGAGAGUCGGCUGCUCAGAACAGACCCGCUGCAGUGCAGCAGUCGAGCAGGAGAGGCCGUCUGGACUCCUACAAUAAAAACUGCAGAGACACAGCAGAGAGCCCAGCGGGAGCUGUCAUACUUUGGCUCACUCGUGGACCUGUCUAAAGACGAACUCAAGGAAAGACUACAGGAAGCAACUAAGAUGAUAGAUGGACUAUGCUGUGAGCUUGAUGUAGCACACCGUUACUUUGAAGGAAAAUAUGAAGCUCUGAAGAUUCUGCAAGGCAAGGCCAUUCUUGACAAAGCUACAAGUCACACUAAAAGUGUGCUGCAGAAAACUGAGGAGAAAGCCAAAGCACUCGAGAAGGAGGUGAACAGUUUGCAGUGGGAGCUCAGCUUCUCUCAGGCUCAGAUGAAGAAAUCUGAGCAGUCCUGGGAGCACAAGCACAACAGAAUGUCAGGUGAGAACAAGCUUCUGACUGACAAGUUGCAGGAGAUGGAGAGUGAGAGCCAGCAGCUCCGAGCAGAAAACUCUGCCUUGAAGCGACAGUACGUGGAACUUCUCUCCAUGCUGAACGUGAAGGAGCAGAGAAUUUACCAAGCCACCAAACCUCAGUACAGCCUGGACACCGAGUCAGGUGUUCUGGAGUUGACUGUACUGGGAGCCUGCCAGUGUGCGUUUGAUACUGAACCGUGUCCAUGUAGUCGGACUGCUGCUGCCAGCAGGAAGCAGUUGGUCCAGUUACAACAGGAGCUGGAUGUUCAGCGUUUAAGGAAAGAAGAGGCCUUGAUGGUUGCAGAUGCUUUUCGCAUCGCCUUUGAACAACAGCUGAGGAAGCGAAGUGAGGAGUUCCUGCUCGUAGCCGAGGCCAAUAUUAAGAAAUCGAAUCACUCUAAAGCUGAAGGUGCCAACAAGAGUCCUUUAAUAAGUGUAAGUAAGAGGCUGAAGGCAUUGCUCCCCUCUGGUCUGGAGAUGAAGAUGCCUGAUGAACAUUUAGAGACUCUCUACAAGCUGCUGGACUUGCUGAACGACAAGGAGGAGGCCCUGGCCCACCAGAGGAAGGUGAGCAUCAUGCUAGCCCACAGCGCUGAGGAGCUGCAGAGACAGUUGCAUCUGGGUUCCAGUUGCCAGCUGCAGGACCCACCAGAACCCAGGAUUCAACAGAAGCAACCCCAAGCUCCACUGGAGAACCAGAGCCAGUCUCAGAAAACAUCUGAGACAUCAGAACCUGAGGUUGAAGUGUCAUCAGAGUGCAAACUCCACAGUCCACCACAGCUCUCUGAGUCCAGGACAGAAUCAGAGGGUGUGUGAGGCUCAUCAAAGACUAGCAGUAAGGUACUGGCUAAUUACAGGAGCUGCAGCCAGUUAUCGUCCUGAUCUCCCCACAUGAGGAAAUACACUGAGGGUUCUGUCUGAGCACUCGGGCUUUACUCUGAAGUCCCAAACUGUGACAGGUUCAUUUGUGACCUGUCCAGAGUAUACCCCAGUCCUAUCAUGGCUGGAGUUGCAUUAUAUGUUGCAUUGCAUGUUCAUCCAAUAUUAUAAUUUUAUCUUAGUCUGUAAAAUCAAUUGCUUACACAACACAUAACACAACAUCAGCUCUUUGCAAGCAUUUGAAACCAAGGCUAGCGACGGCCCAGAGUGAUGUUAAUGUCUCCUAAGCAAAGCUCUGCCAUCCCAGCCAGGCAGGCCGUCUCAUUAUCAACCUGCCUGUUAUGCAGUCAGCCUCAUAGAGCUGAGAUAGACAAAAGUACUGGGCUACCGCGUUGCCUUUGAAUUCAGGUGUUUAAUUCCAGAUCUUAGCCACGCCCUCUGCCUUUAUAUUUCAUCCUACAGUCUUUCUCACUGAAUUUGAGGGUGAUACUGUAAGGUUUGAUCCAUGAUCAAAAAUUUCUUCCUCCUAAAUGGUCUCAGCUGUGAGUUGUGUAAUUGCAGAGUGAAAGUGGAACCACACAGUCAUGAAAUGACAGCAUGCAGGAAGUUACAGAGCAGGUUCAGCGAGUGCUGCGAUGCCCACUGUGUAAGCGUUGCUGUGUCAGUGACGCGUGAGCUCUCCUGGCAUGCAUAUGAACAACAUGCAGGAGUGUAAUGCAGCUGCUAUAGGUGUGACACGUAGGCUCUGGGGCCAUCGUGGCUCAAGAGUUGGCAGUUUGUCUUGUAACCGGAAGGUUGCCGGUUUGAGCCCCGGCUCGGACAGUCUCGGUCGUUGUGUCCUUGGGCAAGACUCUUCACCUACCGCCUGCUGGUAGGUGAGAGUGAAUGAAUAGUGGAAUUGUACAGCGCUUUAAGGGACCUCGAAAAGCGGCAUAUAAAUGCAAAUCAUUAUUAUUAUUAUUAUUAUUAUUAUUAUUAUUGUACUGUUGUCCAUACACGUUGCAUCUGUGCAGAUUCUAAAGCAUGCUGUGGCUUCUCCUCUGCUCACAGACAAAGGUCAGCUGGGAAACACUGGGUCCUGCUAUGAUGUUAUUUUGACACUCACCACCUACUUAAGCAUUGUUGUACAAACCAUGUAUCAACAAGCUUGAGUGUUGGCUUGGCUUCCAAAGUCCCCACGUCCCGAUCCAGUCGAGCUACAGAUCAGGGAUCGAGUCCAUGCCUCGACAGGACAGGCAGCUACAGAGAGGCACCAACACAAUAUGAGGCAGGUGGUUCAAACCUGACCAGUGUAGGUUAAAGCACUGAGAACAAACAAGGAAAAUGAACAUACAUGAAAACUCGAUUAUGAUCGGCAGAUGAGAUCUGGACUUUGGCUGAUUCCUACAAUCGAAAACACGUGUUUGGGUUGCUGGAUCAGCUGUUCAGGUGAAGGACAGGUUUAUGUUUUUAAGCUGGAAGAUGACAUCUGUCGUUUAACCUGAAACUGCUGUCAAACUGCAGCUCAGGAAGUAACCAGCAGAGGGCAGUGUUUGUGUGUGCGUCUCUGUGCAUUCAUGGCUGUGGUACCUGCAGCUUCCAGCUUUGUGUCACUGAGCUAACACUGUGUUAUUGACAUUUCUGUUCAUCUUUACAAAAUAUCAGCACUGUAACCCUGAGAUAUCGACAUUACAGUUUAAUUGAAUGCAAAGAGACGAUCGUUUAUGGUGGAUUUCAAACUAAAAACAGUCAAAAUGUUUUUAUUAUAGUUUCCAAAAAUGAUAAGUGAACCAUGUGAUACUCAACCACAGAUGUUUGUUCCUGACAGCAUGAACAUGUCGUUUAGUUCCUCAUCAUGGUGCCACAUACUUUGAGGUACCCGUCACUACACCCGAAUAACAGCUGACUCUGCCUGUUUCAUUGGUUUUUACAUUUAUAUUUACACCAAAGGAAAGACGAGUUACAGCCCUGCAUUUCUCAUCGUUUCUCAAACUGCUUCACUGAUUCCUCAGUUUUGCUGAUAUCGACUUGCACAUAGUUCAGUAUACACCAGUACAAACUGACUUUGUGGAUUUUAACCAUUGAAACAUGUGAAGUUGACUGUUUUUACAUUUGUAUGAAGUAUACAUGUCUUCACAAAGAGCGCGGUGGAGUGAUUUUCAGAGAAAAUGUCUCAGCUUUGAAAUUAAUUACUGUUAAAGUAAAACUUUGAAGGAUUGGAGAGCGAGCAGUGAAACCUGUAAUCUCCAAAUCUGUAUUAAAAUGAUUUGAACAGAGAAAGAAUCAGAAGUACAAAAAAAGAGCUUUCAGGGGUUAAAGCUCUGAUACGAACCUCGUGCAAAAGAUGUUGUGUGUGGGUGUGUGUGUGUGUGUGUGUGUGUGUGUGUAUGCAUGUGUGUGUGUGUGUGUCUCUCUGAGACGUUCACAGCACAUCUUGUUUGUGUACAAAGUAAAUCAAUAAAAUAAAUGUUUUUCUUGA